AUGGCAAGCACAUCUGCAAACAAGAAACCAUACCGUAAGGCACCACCACAGCACCGGGAGACCCGACAUGAGCCUUUGAGUCCCCGGGAUGAGGGAGCCGAGCAGCAGAGCCAGGUAAAAGCACUGCAGCCAACACUUUAUCAGCGCACCUGUUUUAGUAAAUCUGAGGCAGUGGCGUUAAGACAAGGGGACAGCUCUGAUGUCUGCAAUAUUAGCUGCUCCUCCUCCUGGUCUCUGGCAUCCAGCAAUGACCAGGAUCCAGAAGGACAAAGAGUUAGCAGGGGUAGAACACACACAUUGAUGCGCAGGGUGAAAUCUCUCCGGAGCACAGGGAAACAGGGCAGGGCCCCUCGACUUCGCAGCCUGCGGCGGUUUCUUAGUCGAAGUGAGGAAAAUAUUGUGUUAUCAACAGGAGAGCACAGGGAGGGCAAAAGUCGCAGCCUGGAACGGAGCUUGGUCUUCAAAGAACCUGCAGAGGUGCUGACACCUAGGAAACACCAGCAAUCGUCUUGUCCGCAGCCACUGAAAAGCAUCCUUAAACAACCUGGCACUCUGAACCUCAAUCCUGACACCACACGGUACUCAGGGCCAAAAGCAGCCAGACAAUGCUCCCCACUUACACUCUCACCUUCUCAAGUUGAUCUAGGAAGAGGUGGAACCCCAUCACCGGAGAGAAAGAGCCUGGAGGACAAAGCCAAAUUUUCUCAAUUCCUGGAUGAAAUAACGUCCCGGGUACUUAGCCCCACCAACCUGCAUGGGGGCAGAAGGAGGGCAGUUGGGGGUAGCACUGAUGAGGAUUCCCCUAGUCCUAAUAGAAUUGCUGCGGAUGGUCUUGGACAAAAGAAGCAAGAGGGUCCUGCAGAUUUCGUUUAUAAAGCAGGGAGCACAAGGGAAGGGUCUUGGGCUUACAGAGGGGGCAGAAAGAGGAAAGAGAAAAGUAAGGGUGCACAAACAGUGUUUCGCUAUGCAGAAUCGACCUGGGACCCUGGCAGUAGAGAGGUGACUGUACUAAAGCAGCCAGCUGUGUACAGUAAGCGCAGGUCCCAGACACCAUCAGAGUUUGGUUACCCCGAAUCCGUUUCCUCUGCUUCCCAAUGGAGCCCUGAGGGGAGAAGCCCAUCACCUAGAACAUCCCCCUCACUCAAUGGUUCUCAAAAAACGGUGAGUAAAGUACCCCCAAAAAUGAUUCAUCAUCUUUGUAAUUUUCCUUCUCUGCUCCCAUUCCAGUUAACCUUUCUCCUUCCUGUGUCGCUGCUCCCGGGCUCCAUAUCUGUGUCAAUGCGCCAUCUUCCCAUGUUACUGUCUUCCCCCCUGGUUCCAGUGCUUUGAAUGUGUCUGGGAGCCCAGGCUCUUGGGACUUGGGGUAUCACUGGGUGCAGAGCCAUUGAGCCUCAUUGUUGAGUAGCAUUACUUCAGAGAUAACUUGCUUAUUCACAAAGUGCCAUCAAACACUACAUAUCAAGGUGGUGGACUAGACCAGUGGUUCCUAACUCGUUGGUCACUGGUUGAACAAUAAUAUCUUAUUCAUCAAGCUCUACUAUGGUUUCUGCAGAAUAUGUCUUCUAAUGAGUCUAAUGGAGACGCUAUGCAGAGAUCAUUAUGUUCUUUGUUGCAGUUAAAUUGGGUCCUUGUUAAAAAGGUUUGGAUCUCUGUAUUAGGCACUAGUACAUUGUCUGGAAUGCAAUAUGAAUCUGAUCAGUAGCACCCCGUUCAUCUUUUUACAUAAAUUGGUUAUGUGUUGUAAGUGGCCAUACAGUACCUAUUUGGAAUUGCUCUUGCUGCAAUACAUGCCCAUGUUUCCCCCAAAAUCACAUUAUUAUUAUUUAGUAUUUAUGUUGCGCCAACUUAUCUGCAGUGAUGUACAGUAUAGGGAAUGCAGACAACGAAAGAAAUAAAAUAAAACCAAAAUAAUUGGAACAGGGAUCUUAUAAUUACUGACCCUUCCCACCCAAUGCCCUCAAAUCUUUUACCCACCCCACCCCACACCACCAUAGCCACAGAUCUUCAACAAAUAUCUUGAUCCACCUUACUUUCUUUCCCUCAAAUUUCUGGGACUCCUCCAAUCUAUCUUCUUUCGUAAAUAGGUCUUAUGCUGUAUGGAAGAUUGUUAAAUGGACAGUGUUGGCUAGGGUUAAUUCAAGUUCCAUUAGACGGUCAGUACAGCUAGUGAUUGACACCCGAUUCCAUUAGAUGGCUUGUACAGCUUCUGAUUGGCACCUCCCUCCAUUAGAUGGGUAGUACAGCUCGUGAUUGACACCUCUUUCCUCUAUGGUCAGUACAGUUCCUGAUUGACACCUCAUUUCAUUAGAUGGCCAGUACAGCUAGUGAUUGACACCUCUUUCCUCUAUGGUCAGUACAGUUCCUGAUUGACACCUCAUUUCAUUAGAUGGCCCUGAUUGGUACCUAAUCCCAUUAAAUGGCCGGUACAGCUAGUGAUUGACACCUCAUUCCAUUAGAUGGUCAGUUCAGCUUCUGAUUGACACCUCAUUCCAUUAGAUGGUCAGUUCAGCUUCUGAUUGACACUUCAUUCCAUUAGAUGGUAUCCCCUACCAGUCCAGGAUAUAGGGAUUACUCGGUUGUGCUUUUAGAAAGAAAAAAACACUUUAGACACAACAGGGUAAUCCCUAAAUCCUGGACUGUUCGGGGGUACUUGAAGACUGGGUUGGGAACCCCUGCAUUAGAUGGCCAGUAUAGCUAGUGAUUGACACCUCAUUCCAUAAGAUGGUCAGUACAGCUUCUGGUUGACACCACAUUCUAAUAGAUGGCCAGUACAGCUAGGUAUUGACACCACAUUCCUUUACAUGGUCAGUACAGUACCUCAUUUCACUAGAUGGUCAGUACAGCUCGUGAUUGACACCUCAUUCCAUUAGAUUGCCUGUACAGUUUCUGAUUGACAUCUCCUUUUGUUAGAUGGUCAAUACAGUUCCUGAUUGGUACCUCAUUCCAUAAGAUGACCAGUACAGCUAGUGAUUGACACCUCAUACCAUUUGAUGGUCAGUACAGCUUCUGACUGACAACUCAUUCCAUUAGAUGGUCAGUAGAGCUCCUGGUGACACCACAUUCCAUUAGAUGGCCAGUACAGUUCCUGAUUGACACCUCAUUCCAUUAGAUGGCCAGUACAGUUCCUGGUUGGUACCUCAUUCCAUUAGAUGGCCAGUACAGUUCCUGGUUGGUACCUCAUUCCAUUAGAUGGCCAGUACAGUUCCUGGUUGGUACCUCAUUCCAUUAGAUGGCCAGUACAGUUCCUGGUUGGUACCUCAUUCCAUUAGAUGGCCAGUACAGUUCCUGGUUGGUACCUCAUUCCAUUAGAUGGCCAGUACAGCUUCUGAUUGACACUUCAUUCCAUUAGAUGGUCCGUACAGGUUCUGGUUGACACCACAUUCCAUUAGAUGGCCAGUACAGCUAGGUAUUGACACAUUCCAUUACAUGGUCAGUACAGCUAGUGAUUGGUACCUCAUUCCAUUACAUAGUCAGUACAGUACCUCAUUUCACUAGAUGGUCAGUACAGCUCGUGAUUGACACCUCAUUCCAUUAGAUGGCCUGUACAGUUUCUGAUUGACACCUCCUUCCAUUCGAUGGCCACUACAGUUCCUGAUUGGUACCUCAUUCCAUAAGAUGACCAGUACAGCUAGUGAUUGGUGCCUCAUUCCAUUAGAUGGUCAGUACAGCUAGUGAUUGACACCUCAUUCCACUAGAUCAAUGUUUCCCAACCCAAUCCUCAAGUACCCCCUACCAGUCCAGGAUUUAGGAAUUACUCUGUGUCUAAGGUGUUUUUAGAAAAAAAAAUAAUAAUAACCCUUUAGUCACAACAGGUUAAUCCCUAAAUCAUGGACUGGUAGGUGGUACCUGAGAACUGGGUUGGGAACCCCUGCACUAGAUGGUCAGUACAGCUCGUGAUUGGCACCUCAUUCCAUUUGAUGGCCUGUACUUUUCCUGAUUGGCACCUCAUUCCAUUAGAUGACCAGUACAGUACCUGAUUAACACCUCCUUCUAUUAGAUGGUCAGUACAGCUUCUGAUUGACACCACAUUCUAUGAGAUGGUCAGUACAGCUUCUGAUUGACACCACAUUCUAUGAGAUGGUCAGUACAGCUUCUGAUUGACACCACAUUCCAUGAGAUGGUCAGUACAGCUUCUGAUUGACACCAUAGCGGAGAGGUAGCAUAUAAUAAUCCAGGUAGAACAAGUACAGCAUACAAUAAUCCCGGUAGCAUUAUACAGAUCGAUCCUUCCCAAGAACUAGACGACACAUAGGCUGGGUCAACUGGGGUUUUAUUCACAAGCUCCAGUAUUUAUGUGGUUCCCCAUGCAAGGUGUUUCCUUACUGACUUUACAGGGGUUGUACAGUAGGGGACUACAUGGGGAACUUAACAUCCCGAACAUUUCUCCCACCAUGCACUGCUGUAAGAGAGGGAUACUCCCACUAGAAUAUCCAGUUAAGUGGAUUAUCCCUCCGUACAGCAGAACUGGCUUUUUACAUAAAAAUCCAUAACUCCAAUAUUAUUCGUGCUAUUGUACCGAAUGACCGUUUGGCAGAUAGCUGGGGUCUGAGCGCAUACUUCGUGAAAGUACCGCUCAGAUCCCAGCACAAUCAGCCGAACGCCGCACGAAAUACACUUGAAUACAAAUUCUUCACAAAAGUCAUGAAUACACAUAUAGAGAUAAACUACCGAAAGACCGGUGCUCCCGAACGGCCUGGAAGUCCAGCGGUAUUCAUGUCGUCGAGUAGCCGAUUUUAGUUCCAGGCACUCGAUGACUAAACACAGCUGGGCUAACAAAGUAUCCAAGAUGGCAGCCGCCGCGUGGUCGGUAUCCGAACGGUGGCCACCCUGAACCUCUAUUAACUGCCGAAAGAUACCUUGUUGAAAUCCGUAAUGGGAGCCACACGACCUCCUGUGUGUGGUCUCCCAUUCGGUAGUUUGUUAGUUUGCUGGUGCUCGAAUACGAAUGCUCUCGUUCACAUAAAAUACAGAAUAGGGCACAUGGACAGUUCAGGCAGUCUGAAUGCACAACAACACAUAAGGUAAAUACAGUCUUAGGUGGCUAGGUUUGCCACACUCCACAUUCCAUGAGAUGGUCAGUACAGCUUCUGAUUGACACCACAUUCCAUGAGAUGGUCAGUACAGCUUCUGAUUGACACCACAUUCCAUGAGAUGGUCAGUACAGCUUCUGAUUGACCCCACAUUCCAUGAGAUGGUCAGUACAGCUUCUGAUUGACCCCACAUUCCAUGAGAUGGUCAGUACAGCUUCUGAUUGACACCACAUUCCAUAAGAUGGUCAGUACAGCUUCUGAUUGACACCACAUUCCAUGAGAUGGCCAAUACAGCUGGUGUGAUGAUGUGAAGCACAGGGCAAGAUCUGUGCCUCCUGCCUGACUUUCUUUAAUUGUUUCUGCAGGAUUCACUUACUGAAGGAGACCGAAUCCAGUAAGUAUCUCUGUAAAUAGAUAUGUAUAACCCCUCCCAUCUAUUCUAACCUCUCUCCACUGUCUAAAUGAACCCCCUCAGUCUAUAUUAACCCCUCUCCUACCAUCUCUACUAUUCCCUCCCAUCUAUUCUGACUCCUCCCCUGCUCUCUAUCCCCUCCCAUCUAUUGACUCCUCCCUUGCUAUCUCUGUCCCAUCUAUUGACUCCUCCCCUGCUAUCUCUACUGUCCACUCCCAUCUAUUCUGAAUCCUGUGCUGCUAUCUUUACUAUUCCCUCCCAUCUAUUCUGACUCCUCCCCUGCUAUUUCUACUAUCCCGUCCCAUCUAUUCUUACUACUCCCCUGUUAUCUCUACUAUUCCUUCUCAUCUAUUGUAAUUCCUCCCCAGCUAUCUAUAUCCUCUCCCAUUUGUUGUAAUUCCUCCCCUGCUGUCUAUACUAUCUGUAACGGGACGCCUCAGUAACCCAACUGGUUGCUCCCGCUAGUUCCCUUCCUUCGGCCGAUCAGGAAAUCUUACAUAGUAAGGGGAGUUGGCUCUAUGCACUCCAAGGCAGAGAUGACACAAGGAUUUUCCCUGUUGCUCCUCUGCCAGCUGGAACAGCAGACACAGGGGUUAAAUCUUCCUUCCCUCCAAUAACAGGACAACACACAGUUUUAGAUGUUUAAGCACUGACUUCUCUUUAUUGCAAAUAGGCUUCUUUUAUGCACAGACCCCACAGGGGGUCUCCAUUCAACAUAACACAAUCCCAGGCAGGAGGGGACUAGGUUACAGAUAGCCAUCUCCUGCUCUGGGAGAUACCAACAGCACACAGGGUUACACCUUAAGACACAUUACAUACAGGGGGUUUAAGCUUUCGGGCUCAGUGCCCCGGGAAGGGAUCACACAGCUAAAACAUAUAUUGUCAGACCCGGGUCCCUGUCUAUUCAAACCCCUCCCCUGCCGUCUGGUCUAACCCCUCCCCUGCCGUCUGGUCUAACCCCUGCCAUCUAUGGAAUAGGUCCACCAUGUUAUGACAGUAAGCGAAACACAGCUUGAGAUCUGAGCAUGAACCCACCAAAGGCGAUGAAGUCAGUUUUCAGUGUGUUAGUAUAUUACUGCUUUAUUGGAUGGGGAGGGGGCAAUACUUGCUGUUACAGUGUUAACGAGGGGCACUUGGCUAGCUCAAUGUCUGUAUUCUCCAGAUUUCUGCAGCACCAGAAUGAUGAGUUGCGCCGUCGCCUGGCAUUUGCCACUACAAAAAUGGAAGCUUUGGAGCAUGAAGUGGAAGCAGGAAGGCAUUACCUAGAAAUGGAGCUGAAUCGCAACCGAGAGGAACUAGAGAAAUUUAAAGACAAGUUCCGCAGGUACUGGGUAGCGGUACCACCACUUACUCGCCCACCCUGUACGUACACUUGGUGCUUCUCACCUGGUGCUCUUUACCCCCUCCGUGUCCCUACUCUCCGAAUGCAACUUUCACUUGGAGCUCAGUGCUUUCCACUAACUCCGCCCCCCCCCCCAUGUUUCUCUGCAGAUUGCAGAACAGCUACACCGCCUCACAGAGAACCAAUCAGGAUCUGGAGGAGAAGCUGCACACGCUGGUAUUUAACCCAUUCCUUUUAUUUUAUUUUUAAUGUUGAUAGUAGAAUUGUGCAGUCAUGUUGAUCUCUAGACUGGAGCCACGAGCCAACCAUCUUAUUAUUUCACUUGGUGACUAAGUAGACAGCCUACAGCGUAUAUCAACGUUUUACACCUUCCUGCCCUAAAGUAAAGAUUGGACUCCACCAACUGCUGUUUGAAAGUGGUGGAAACUGGAAUUGUCAGUGGUGGUGGUCAUAACCUGUUGCUUUAAGAAAUAUACAUGGCUGCAAGCCAUCCAACACUGAGUCUGGAUAUAUAAAAAUAACAGUAUACUAAAGCUUUUCAUAUCACACAGUAACUUUUACAUCUUUACGAUUCAUUAAAGAAAUCCUGUAAAGUGUCACAAACAAUAAGUUAUAACACAUACAGGUGAGACCCACUGCUGCACUCCCACGCAGACCCACUGCUGCACUCCCACGCAGACCCACUGUACAGUACCCCUCAUGUACAUGUUUAUGGUGUUUUCAAAAGUUACAGAGUCAACUAUAAAGCUUGCGUUUCAGUUUUUUCACAUUGAAAUUCGCCAGAUUGUUGUCCAAGAUUGGCAUUCAAAUUAGUUUUUUGCAUUUUUCACACACAAACAAAUAUUAAUGCUAACUUUGGCCAGUGUUUGUGAUUAAGUGGCUACUAAGAAGACUAGACCUAACCCAUUUGCAAUACCUUGGUUUGUCUAAUAUUGCAAAUGGUAUGCCGUCAUGGGGGUAAUUCUCAUUCCUGAGCUACCAUAGGGUCUCCAAGGCAACGUAACCAAUCUGGCGAAUUUCCAUGUGAGAAAAAUGUAACGUGCUAUAUUUGACCCUGUAACUUCCCAAAACACCAUAAAACCUGUACAUAGGGGGUACUGUUUUACACGUGAGACAUCGCUGAAUACAAAUAUGUAUUUUAUUGCAGUAAAAGCAAACCGUAUUAUGACAUUCACAGUUAGAAUGUCACGUAGAACUUUAAAAAAUGUAAGUCUUAUUUUUUUUCAUAUUUUAUUCAUAUUAAAUUGUUUCAUACCUAAAUAUUUGAUGUUAAAUGAAAGCCCUGUUUCCCCUGAAUAAAAUGAUAUAUAAUAAGUGUGGGUGCACGGUUGAACAGACAUAUAGUCAAAUUCCAGAUUUUGUUUACGUUUUGUUUCGAUCACAAUGUGUACAUUUGGCUCAGUCCUUAAAGGGACACUCCAGGCACCCAGACCAUUUCUGCCCAUUGGAGUGGUCUGGGUGCCAACUCCCACUACCCUCAUGGCCGGUGCAUGGAUUUUUGCCGCCCUAGGCAAAAAUAAAAUUUGCCGCCCCCCCCCCAUAUGUCCUGCCCACCAUGUGACAUCACAAUGCCCCGCCCAUAUGCUCUGCCAUAUGGGCCAACGCCAGUCUUCACAAAGUGUCUUUUAUCUGAAAAGACAGUGUUUAAAUUAAAAAGCCUACAGGCACAGGCUAUAGACACCAGAACCACUACAUUAAGCUGUAGUGCUUCUGGUGACUAUAGUAUCCAUUUAAUGUGAGGUAAAUUAGAGAUUAGUGCCACUAAUAAUAUAUUGGAUUGCCUACUUACCACCAGAUGAGGACAAGAGGCUGAUGAUGGGCUCUGCCUGGCUCCACAGGUCUGGUGUAGAAGAGGCUCUCAGGAGACUGUUUUUAACAGUGCUCACAACAAUUAACGAACAGGAAGCAGCUCCAUUUUUUAGGGCCCCUUACACAGCUCAGGGUCUGGGCCCCCAGGGCUUGACCGUGAGUAUGCCUACAAUGCCCACCCAUAAAUCCACCUACAUGGCCCACCCGUGAGUUCUCUCACAGGAAGUGGAGUGUAUGUGUGGAGGGGAUGUUUUAUGUGUUAUUGUAGAGGAUGCAACGUGUGUGUUCUUAUAGAAUGUAGUGUAUAGGGAUACCAAUUUCUGUAAGGGAUGUAGUGUGUUUAUAGGGGAUGCAGUGUGUGUUUGCGUGUAAGGAAUGCAUUGUAUGUUUCUGGGUGUGUGUGUGUAAGGGGUGCAAGGUGUGUUUCUGUGUAUUUAAUUGAAUGCAGUGUGUGUCUGUAAGGGGUGCAUUGAUUGUGUAAGAGAUGCAUUUUGUGUGUAAGAGAAUGAGUGUUUGUGUGAACGUAAGGGAUGCAUCGGGUGUGUCUGAGUAGGGAUGCAUUGUGUGUUUCUGUGUGUGUGUGUGUUUGGGGGGGGGGUGUAUUGUGUAUGUGUGUAGUGUAAAAGAGCGGGUUUGUGGGGUAGGAUAGAGACUGAGAGGGGAGCAGCUCUUUAUUUUUUUCUAUUUUUUUUCAUAGUGCUCUCCCCCCUGUCAAUUUAUUGAUUUCCCCUUCCCUCCUGUCCCUCCGUGUUCUCCCCUUCUGUCCCUUAGUGCUCUCCCUUGGCCCCCUGUAGUCCCCCCUUGGUGGUCUUCUCACUCCUCCCUUCCCCCUUAGUGGCCCUCCCUCUCCCAAACCCGUUAGUAGACAUUCCCCUCCUCCCCCACCCCCUUAGUGGUAAUCUCCCCCCCCCACACGCUGUGUGAGGACCUCAAGCGUCGCUCAAUUUUCAAUGCUUUCCUAUGUGAAGCUCUAAUGCGCAUGCGGGGGUCUCAGGUAAGUGACUGAAGGGGUUUUCUCCCCUUCAGCAACCGGAGGUGGGAGGGAGAGGGGACCUGCAGUGCCAGGAAAACGGAUUGUUUUCCUGGCACUGGAGUUUCCCUUUAAGGGGUUAAUAUAUUGUUAUUGUUUUGUAUGUUUUAUGUUAUGUUUGUUUGUUUUUUUUCCUCUGUGGAUUACUGUCAGUAUGUCUGUGUAGCGGAGAGCUGGUAUUCCACAGGUUAUCUCCACUUAAGAUCCCAGUGAGGCUCAAGAACAAGUAUUAGAAAUCCAUAAGGCAAUAAUUACAGCAGGCAAGACAAUCCAAUAAUAUCCCAACAUCGAUCCCAAUGACCGGACGACACACAGCAUCAGGAGCAGAACUGAACUUUUAAUCACUCAACCUUCUUUUAAAGCUUUCUCCCAUGCAAGGGAGGGAUUUACAGUAAUUAUACAAUACACAAAUCAUAUAUGAGUAGCCGCCCACACAUCUCCUCCCCUAGUAUGACUCAUAAUCCCAUUAUGCAGGACACAUUUCCCCUGAUUUUCUGGAUGUACCCUUAAACAUAGGGGUACUACUUUAAAUAUUACAUCUCCUGGUAGCCCUGAUCUGGGUGAGAAACAUAUUCAAAAAUCACCUAGAUCGGACCAGGGGUUCGGGAAAUUCCUGGAGGUAAUAAAGACAGACCAUGCUGGGGUUAACAGCCGAAAUGGGUUCCAUACGUUUUGGCCCUGUGGUUGGUCACAGAAAAAGGGAACAAAAUGCCCGAACGACUUGGGUUAUGGAGACUGGUGAGGAUUCGGAUAAACCCCCUUGUUCGUGGGGUUCUUUCUACCGAACGGGGAGCCGUUCGGUAGUUUCUACACGAAGGGACGGCAGUGUGGAGGUCUAAGCGGUGUUUGCCUAGCCGAGUGUCAGAUUUGGGUUCCAGACACUCAACGGCAAAACACAGCUGUUCGGGAUUUAAGAUGGCCGCCGCCACGUGUUCGACCCCCGAAUGGCGGCCACCCAGAGGACAAAGCACACACUGCACUGACUGCCAAUUACUCGUUUGCGACAUUGUUGCGAACGGUAAUUGGAGGCACACUUAAUCCUGAGGUGGUCUGAUUGUUAGGUAGUUUCACUAGCAUAAUAACUGGAGUGAUUUUACCGAACAAUCAGUCGAAUGCUGCAUACACUUUACAUACAUAUGGCAAAAAUUAACGGAAAACAUCCGAAUACACAUAAUUCUGAGGACAGCCCAAUGUCAUUCGCUACAGUCUGUGUUUCCAGAUCUAUACUGUUAUGGGAGCUUUGUCUAUAGACAUUUUUACACAUUUUACACAUCUUUGGUCUCGCACUAUUUUACUGUUCUGUUAGGCUGUCGUUCCUCGUUGGCUUGUAAUGGUUGGUUUAUACAGGAUAGAAUUGUACAUUAGAUGUUUACAGACAAUGUGUACAUUAACCUUUUCAAAACUUGGUACAAACUUUUUUGUUUACAUUUUUUUUUUUCAGUAUAGAAAUGUAGCCAACAUAUCCUCUCACCCUCAUUUAUACUCUAUUUAUAAUCACCAGUCUGUAGAGCAACACAUUUAUCUUCUAGAAGUCACUGAUUGAAUGCUCUCACCCCCUGCUUUCAAACAUUAAAGGAAGUUUCAGUGGGUCAUACCAUUCCUACCGUCAGGGAGGGAAGGAGUGAAGUAGCUCUACAAUUUCACUAUCAGCCUUAUAUUAGUGCCUUCCAGAAAUUGAUAAUGAUUCCUAGAGCAGUUUUAAAUACCUUUAUUUUAGAUUUAACCGUAUUUACUGUAUGUGGGCAUUAAGUUUAAUGCAAUACAAUAUAUAUGUGAAAUGUGUUAUAUCUUUAUAUGCGGUAUGCAUCCCUUGCUUCGAAUACAUGGUAUGCUAAUAUUUAUAUUCAUUCAAAAAGUGUUUGGUAGUGAAGAGGUUAAGCGAGUCUUUUCGUAAGGGGAGUGUGUGCACGGUGUGUUUGCUCAGGGGGGGUGUGUGCACGGUGUGUUUGCUCAGGGGGAGUGUGUGCACGGUGUGUUUGCUCAGGGGGAGUGUGUGCGCAGAGUGUUUGCUCAGGGGGAGGUGUGGAUGCGCAGGGUGUUGGAGUGCUGAGGGUGGGCGUGGUUCGAGUGUUACGAGGGUGGGUGCGGAGCGUUGGCGCUGGGGGCGUGUGAGUGUUACGCUGGGGCGUAAAAGGAGUGUUGGCGCUGGGGCAGAGGUUGGCGCUGCAGGGGAAAGCGAGGCUGCUUGGCGCUGGGUGUUGGCGCAAGCCGGGUGUUUGUGCAGGGGAGCGCGCUGUUGGUUGGGCGCAGGCGUGCGAGGUUGCUGGGGGCGCAGCGGAGGUUGGCGCUGGCGCGUAGAGAGUGUUGGCGCCGGGGGGAACGUAGGCGCAGGGUGUUGGGGUGGGCGUGUAAGCGGGGUGUUUGUGCAGGGGGAGCGCGGGGUGUUGGCGCGGGUGUUGGCACGGGGGGCGCAUGCGCGGGGUGUUGGCGCGGGGGGCGCGUGCGCGGGGUGUUUGCGCAGGGGGGGCGUGUUGCGGGAGUGUGUACACGGUGUUGUUAUGGAGCUCCCUGUACUCCGACAGAGUACCCUCCGUUGAUGGAUGCUCCUAGCACUUUCUGAAGACUCCAAACACUGCAGCAGACACCACAACCACCGCAGACUCCACAACCGCCGUAGCUUCUGUCCUCCAGGACCGUGUGGGGAAGACCUCUCCUCCAGGAGAGCGUAACAGGCUCUUAAAAGAGCUAAGUGAUUAAAAGCUCAGGGGAAUGUGCAGAGCAUAGCAAUCCCCAGUGUGAUAUAGCAGUUCCCUCCAAUAACGAGACAAAGCUGCGUAUUGAGGGUCAAGAAGAUCUGUUUACUUGGCACCAAAGGGCCUUCUUUUAUGCAGGUUUAACACAUACGGGACCGCCCACAGGGGUUUACAGAACCACCAAUCAUAAACGUACAUUACAGAAACACUCCCAGCAAUUACAUCCAAGAAUCCUCCCCUCUGCCUGUGAUCUAAUUAUGGCACACAGUGCUUAACAUAAUUAUCACAAGCAGGAAAAAUACAGUUUUUAUACAUGUACUAUAUCUUUAAAACUACACAUCCAAUCUUCAUAUUUGGAAUCAGCACACUUUAAAUAUAAACAUAACCAAAAAUCAGCCAAAUCCAUGCAGGGGUUAAAAAGUUAGCUGGAGGUCCCUUUAUUACCGACCGCAAGCACUUUUUCCUGCCCAAAACAGUUCCAUAGAUUUGGGCUGUGCGGCCGGUCUAUUUCAGGCUGAAAAAACGACCAAGUCCCAUCGCCGAAUGUAAAAUCAUUGUGGGAGAAGGUAGGGCUCAGCGGUGUUCGCGGAAAUGUGUGCCGAUUUUAGUUCCAUGAAUUUGGCUACACAUACCGCUGACCUCGUUCGCAUUAACAAAGAUGGCCGCCGCCACGUGUUCGGCAAACGAACAAAGGCCACCCAGCAUUGUCAAUUAAGCUGCGGUUAACCGCAGCUUCUGGGAGGUAAAUUGCCUGCACACUUCCACUUCUGGGUGGUCUGCCUGUGUGGUACUUGGUUCAGUAAGCCCCAUUUACUGAACCAAGUGGGAAAUAGCCAGGCACAAAGAGUUUUAACCAGGUCUGGGGACACAGGGGACACCGUCUUAAAGGGACAGUGUCCCAAACAAGUCUGGGGACACCGUCUUAAAGGGGCAGUGUCUCAAUCUUCCUGAUGUCCCAAAAGGUGUUUAAAGGGCCAGCACCAGUCCCAUAAAGAGUCCAUAAGCCCCAAUAUGCCCACUGGCUGUCUUAAAGGGCCAUACACACUCAAUAAAGGUGCAUAAGUUCUCACAAUCUCCAAGGGGCCAUAGUCAUGUGGAAGGAGGCUAGCAAAUAGCCUUCUCCACAACCCAGGGAAGCAGGGAAAUUUGCUAUUUAAAGGGCCAGUUACAAAUAGCACUUUGUAACAAGUGUGUUUGCUCAGGGGGAGUGUGUAUGCGGGGUGUCUGUGCAGAGUGGUUGUGCGGGGGGGGGAGGGGGGGUUUUGUGGAGUGUUGGCGCCGGAGAAGUUUAUUUGUGCUGACAGUUGUUGGAUAAUCUCCCAUGUGAUUCACUCCUUUCUGAAUUCUUCCAAUUUAUUUCUUUUUUUCUCUCUCUUCUCCCGGCUUCAUGCUGUUGCUUUUCCAUCCAGGCAUCGCUCAGUCAAAGCUGGAUCUAUUCAGUUGCGUUUGGUAGAUAAGGGGGAACAAUUGGUUGGUUGGGAUCUCAUGUUUGGGGUCCCUGUCCUGUCCUGUCUGGAUUUAUCAAACCUUACCUUAUCUUGGCCUUCUGUCUCCCAUGUCCCAAUACAGACUCUCCCUGGUGGGCAGGUUAGCACUCUCACUCUGCACCUUUCACUCUCCUGGUCUCUAAUCCUUUUUUUUUUUAAAAUUUUUAUUUAUUUUUAGAUUGCACUUUUUUAUCCUCUGUCUACAGUCUCUAUGGGGACAACCUUUGUUUUGUCUCGUACUAAAAAUAUAAAACUUCUUGCAGAUUAAAAAAGCUGAAAUGGAUCGGAAGACUCUGGAUUGGGAGAUUGUGGAACUAACCAACAAAUUAUUGGACGCAAAGACCACAAUCAACAAGCUGGAAGAAUUAAAUGUAAAAUGGUCUUCAUAUGUCUUUACAUAUUUUAGGGUGAUAGCGGUAAACUGACAUUGUGUGUUCUCUGCACGUUAGAUGUAAACUAGGAGGUGAUAAUAUCAUUGUAUACAAUGUGGCCCAGUAUUUAUGGGAUAGAAUAUGGUGAGUGGCACAGUGGUCAGCAGGAGAAUGUAGUGAGCAGCCGGUGUUAAUGGGAUAGAAUGUGGCGAGCGGCCCGGUGUGAAUGGGAUAGAAUGUGACGAGCUGGCGGGUGUUAAUGGGAUAGUAUGUGACGAGCUGGCAGGUGUAAAUGGGAUAGAACGUGGCGAGUGGCCCAAUGUUAAUGGGACAGAAUGUGGCGAGUGGCCCAGUGUUAAUGGGAUAAAAUGUGGCGAGUGGCCCGGAGUUAAUGGGAUAGAAUGUGACGAGCUGGCAGGUGUAAGUGGGAUUGAACGUGGCGGGUUGCCUGGUGUUAAUGGGAUAGAAUACGACAAGCGACCCGGUGUUAAUGGGAUAGAAUGUGGCCAGUGGCCGGUGUUAAUGGGAUAGAAUGUGGCCAUUGGCCUGUGUUAAUGGGAUAGAAUGUGGCCAUUGGCCUGUGUUAAUGGGAUAGAAUGUGGCCAUUGGCCUGUGUUAAUGGGAUAGAAUGUGGCCAUUGGCCUGUGUUAAUGGGAUAGAAUGUGGCCAGUGGCCUGUGUUAAUGGGAUAGAAUGUGACGAGCGACCCGGUGUUAAUGGGAUAAAAUAUGGUGAGUGGCACAGUGGUCGGCAGGAGAAUGUGGUGAGCAGCCGGUGUUAAAGGGAUAGAAUGUGAAGUGACCCAGUGUUAAUGGGAUAGAAUGUGGCGAGCUGGCCGGUGUUAAUGGGAUAGAAUGUGGCGAGCUGGCCGGUGUUAAUGGGAUAGAAUGUGGCGAGCUGGCUGGUUUUAAUGGGAUAGAAUGUGGCGAGCUGGCCGGUGUUAAUGGGAUAGAAUGUGGCGAGCUGGCUGGUUUUAAUGGGAUAGUAUGUGGCGAGUGGCCCGUUGUUAAUGGGAUAGUAUGUGGCGAGCGGCCCAUUGUUAAUGGGAUAGAAUGUGGUGAGCUGGCUGGUUUUAAUGGGAUAGUAUGUGGCGAGUGGCCCGUUGUUAAUGGGAUAGUAUGUGGCGAGCGGCCCAUUGUUAAUGGGAUAGAAUGUGGCGAGCUGGCCGGUGUUAAUGGGAUAGAAUGUGGCGAGCUGGCCGGUGUUAAUGGGAUAGAAUGUGGCGAGCUGGCUGGUUUUAAUGGGAUAGUAUGUGGCGAGUGGCCCGUUGUUAAUGGGAUAGUAUGUGGCGAGCGGCCCAUUGUUAAUGGGAUAGAAUGUGGUGAGCGGCCCGGUGUUAAUGGGAUAGAAUGUGAAGAGCGAUCCCAUGUUAAUGGGAUAGAAUGUGGCGAGCUGGCCGGUAUUCGUGGGAUAGAAUGUGGUGAGCAUCUUGUUGCUCGUGGAUUAGAAUCUGAGUGGCACGGUGUUAAUGGGAAAGAAUGUGACGAGUGGCCGGUGUUAAUGGGAAAGAAUGUGACGAGUGGCCGGUGUUAAUGGGAAAGAAUGUGACGAGUGGCCGGUGUUAAUGGGAAAGAAUGUGACGAGUGGCCGGUGUUAAUGGGAAAGAAUGUGACGAGCGACCCGGUGUUAAUGGGAUAGAAUGUGGUGAGUGGCCCGGUGUUAAUGGGAUAGAAUAUGACUAGCAACCCGGUGUUAAUGGGACAGAAUGUGGUGAGCUGGCCGGUGUUAAUGGGAUAGAAUGUGACGAGCGGCCGAUGUAAUGGGAUAGAAUGUGACGAGCGGCCGAUGUAAUGGGAUAGAAUGUGACGAGCGGCCGAUGUAAGGGGAUAGCUUGUGACGAGCGGCCGAUGUAAAUGGGAUAGAAUGUGACGAGCGGCCGAUGUAAAUGGGAUAGAAUGUGACGAGCGGCCGGUGUAAAUGGGAUAGAAUGUGACGAGCGACCCGGUGUUAAUGGGAUAGAAUAUGACUAGCAACCCGGUGUUAAUGGGAUAGAAUGUGGUGAGCUGGCCGGUGUUAAUGGGAUAGAAUGUGGUGAGCUGGCCGGUGUUAAUGGGAUAGAAUGUGACAAGCGACCCGGUGUUAAUGGGAUAGAAUGUGACGAGCGACCCGGUGUUAAUGGGAUAGAAUGUGGUGAGUGGCCCGGUGUUAAUGGAAUAGAAUGUGACGAGCGGCCGGUGUUAAUGGGAUAGAAUGUGACGAAUGGCCUGGUGUUAAUGGGAUAGAAUGUAGUGAGUGGCCCGGUGUUAAUGGGAUAGAAUGUAGUGAGUGGCCCGGUGUUAAUGGGAAAGAAUGUGGUGAGCUGGCCGGUGUUAAUGGGAUAGAAUGUGACGAGCGACCCGGUGUUAAUGGGAUAGAAUGUGACGAGCGACCCGGUGUUAAUGGGAUAGAAUGUGGUGAGUGGCCUGGUGUUAAUGGGAUAGAAUGUGACGAGCGACCUGGUGUUAAUGGGAUAGAAUAUGGUCAGUGGCACAGUGGUUGGCAGGAGAAUGUGGUGAGCGGCCGGUGUUAAUGGGAUAGAAUGCGAAGAGCAAACCAGUGUUAAUGGGAUAGUGUAGCGAGCUGGCCGGUAUUCAUGGGAUAGAAUGUGUUGAGCAGCUUGUUGCUCGUGGAAUAGAAUCUGGUGAGUGGCCCGGUGUUAAUGGGAAAGAAUGCGGUGAGAGGCCGGGUGUUAAUGGAUAGAAUGUGGCGAGGUGGCCGGGUGUUAAUGGGAUAGAAUGUAUGUGGCGAGCGAAGCCCGUGUUAAUGGGAUUAAUGGGAUAGAAUGUGACGAGCGACCGUUGUUAAUGGGAUAGAAUGUGGUGAGUGGCCUGGUGCAGGGAUAGAAUGUGACGAGCGGUGUUAAUGGGAUAGAAUGUGGCUGGCAAUGGGAUAGUAUGUGGCGAGCGGCCCGGUGUUAAUGGGAAAGAAUGCGGUGAGAGGCCCGGUGUUAAUGGGAUAGAAUGUGGCGAGGUGGCUGGUGUUAAUGGGAUAGUAUGUGGCGAGCGGCCCGGUGUUAAUGGGAAAGAAUGCGGUGAGAGGCCCGGUGUUAAUGGGAUAGAAUGUGGCGAGGUGGCUGGUGUUAAUGGGAUAGUAUGUGGCGAGCGGCCCGGUGUUAAUGGGAAAGAAUGCGGUGAGAGGCCCGGUGUUAAUGGGAUAGAAUGUGGCGAGGUGGCUGGUGUUAAUGGGAUAGUAUGUGGCGAGCGGCCCGGUGUUAAUGGGAUAGAAUGUGGCGAGCAGCUCGGUGUUAAUGGGAUAGAAUGUGGCAAGCGGGCCGGUAUUCAUGGGAUAGAAUGUGGCAAGUGGCUCGUUGCUCGUGGAAUAGACUGUGGUGAGCAGCUCUGUGUUAAUAGAAUAGAAUGUGGCGAGCUUGCCGAUGUUAAUGGGAUAGAAUAUGGUGAGUGGCACGAUGGUCGGGGGGAGAAUGUGGUGAGCAGCCCGGUGCUCUUGUGGAUGAAUGCAACAAAAAGCCUUUUCUUAGUUACUACUUAUUCCAUAAAUGGUCACUCUCAUUACAGGAACGCUAUCGGCAGGACUGUAACCUAGCUGUUCAGCUACUUAAAUGCAACAAGUCCCAUUUCCGAAACCACAAGUUUGCAGAUGUGAGUAUUAAUAGUUCAUAAAUUUCUCCGAUCAUGCUGUAUUUGUGUAAGGGAAUACUCCAAACCCUUAAAGCACUUUAUGUGCUUGUCUGCUUCCCCACAUCGUUGAUGUGUUUGCUUCUCCCAUAUGUUAGUGUGUGAGUGCUUCCACUCCCUCGCGUUGAUCUGUUGGUUCUUUCCUAUACAGUUGCCGUACAAACUACAGGACAUGGUGAGCAAACACUUUGAAAGCACAGCAUCAUCUCCACGAUCUGGACAGGAGACCCCUCCACCUGGUCUUUCACACUCUGAUGUGGUGCCCAGUUCUAUCAUCGCCCGUGUACUAGAAAAGCCAGAGUCGCUCAUCCUAAACUCUGCCACAUCUAGCAGUGGCAGCGGCCCCACUGCAGAGGAUGUUUUUGUGCAUGUGGACAUGAGUUGCCCAGGUGAGAGGGUGGAGGAGAGCAGGCAGCAAAAUGGGGGUCUCCAACAGCAGAGUAGUGUAGAUAGCACCUCUGAGGACCCUCCUACUUUUGAGAAACUGAGCCCGUACCCCACACCACCCCCACCACAUCCCAUGUACCCUGGCCGCAAGGUGAUAGAGUUCUCAGAUGAAAAGGUGCGAAUCCCCAAAAAUAGCCCACUACCCAACUGUACCUAUGCCACCCGGCAAGCAAUCUCCCUUAGCCUUGUGCAGGGUGAGGAGGGCAGUCCAGACAGGCAUCGCACAGUUCCCAAUAGCCCAGCGUCUGCAGCAAACUACCCACAGCGGGCACGGAGUGCAGAUAUCCCUGCCCGAUCUCCUCUUAGUAGUGCAGUUGCCAGCUCUGCGAGCUCUGAAGAGGACAUGUUGGCAAACUGGCAAAAAAUGUUUGUGGAAAAGGCGGCACCCAGCACGGAGAGGUCCCUGGCACAUCGCACUUCCUUCAGCAGGGACACAGCUCUGGAACUGCAACAAAGAUUCAGCCAAUCUAUGCAGGAACUCAGCCGGGCCGCUCAAGCUUACUCAGACAGGGAAAGCUCAGGGCUUGGAUGGAGCAGCAGCCGAGAUGCUGAGGUUGUUGGGGCCCGGAGAGGGCCUCUACCAAAUGAGUAUGGGAAGGAAUUCUCCCAAGAGGAAGCACAGGACCUUCUGUCUGGAGCAGUGGAGGAAGAGGAAGAAGCCGCUGAGCAGCAGGUCCUCUCGGAGGAGGCAGAUCAGGAGACCGUGAUAGAGGACGACAUUGGGGAGACAUAUAUACCACCGGAGGAUGGGUUAUGUGCAGAAAAACCCCCUUCUGGACGCCCACAUCGGAGUCCAAAAAGAAUGGGUGUGCAUCACCUCCACAGGAAGGACAGUCUGACCCGGGCACAGGAACAGGGAAACCUACUGAACUAA